GAUUUAAGCCCGAUUAAAGGUUAAAGAUGGUUGUGGCGGCCUGAAGAGUGCCUUCAACUUGGGUUAAGUUGUUUUAAUGACAAAGACAAGCACACUUUACGUUUCAUCAUGAGUUUAAGCAAAGGUAGUGAUGACUCUUUCAUAGAGAAGCUGUUCAAGGAAUAUUCAAGACUCCUGAGGGAGAAACCGGUGCUCACAAAAGCAGUUACAAGUGCCAUCAGUUCUGGUCUUGGGAAUUUUUUAUCGCAAGUCAUAUCAGGGAACCAUAAAGUUGGUGGAAUACAGUGGAGAAGUGUAGCAGCAUUCUCAAUAUUCGGGUUUGUAAUCACAGGUCCUCUGACACACAACUUCUACUCAUGGCUGGACACAGCUGUGCCCAAAACUGCAUCCUAUGCUGGCUUGAAGAGGAUCGUUAUUGAUAGAUUUGUAUUUGCACCACCAUUUCUGCUACUUUUCUUCUACAUUGUUGCAAUAUUAGAGGGCCAAAGUUCUGAUGCUGCUAUUCAGAAAAUAAGAGAGUUCUACUGGGGAGCAUUGAAGAUGAACUGGAGAGUAUGGGGCAUUUUCCAGUAUAUAAAUGUCAAUUAUGUUCCACAACAGUACAGAGUGUUGUUUGCCAACCUGGUGUCUUUAGGGUGGAAUAUUUACCUGGCAGCAAGGAGACAGUGAGACAGAUGGCUUAUGUGAUAUGGUGUGUUUUUAUAUGAAAUAAUAUAAUAUAGCAAAUCUUCAGGCAAGCAUUAAUUACAACUGGUCAGUGUGAAAGUUUGUUUAUACACCUUGUUAGCUCUCGUCUCUCACAUGUACUUGACCUCAUUCCAUUUACCCUCGUUGGCUUUCACCAUUUUAGCUCAUCUUGGCAACCUCUGUAAAUAUUUAGGCCCCAUUCAGAACAGUGUACUUACUAGUCCCAGGGUCAUAUGGUCGACCCACUUGAAUACUUCCCCAUGGGGAAUCUAUUCAGUGUCUAUUAGCGAAUUAGAUGACAAGCUUUUUAGUGGGUUGCCACUGUUCUGAAUUUUGCCUGGGUAGGGCUCCUGUCAAACAAUUCAUGCCUUGUGAACACUAGUUUUUGUGGUGCAGAUUUACAAAAUAUUUUAUGGACUUGUUAAUGUUAAUCAUGUUUUCCUCUUUUACUCACCAAAAUAAACACUGACCAGUAUAGUAAAAGAUAAUGUAUAUUAUACUAUGUAAUGUAUGUGAAACAAGAUUUUUAUGGAUUUUACAUAAAGCAGACUUUUUCAUGCAUAGUCACUUUCACUGACAAUUUGAAAUUAAGUAUUUUUUUACUCAUUAGAAAGACAUCAGCAUUUGUUAGAAAAUGACAGCAUUCUAUAAUUAACCUUAGGUUUUCAAAAAAACUUAGGUUUUUGAAUUUGUCUGUAAAACGUAACAAGAGAAUUGGAAUAUUUUCUUUCAUACAAGAAUUACAAUUACAUGAAUAUUAUUAAAUGUAUUUAAAUUCAAGUCUGAUUUUUUGUUAUAAUUUAGUUGUUAUUGGAGUUAGCAGAUGAUACCAACAAUCCUUUUAAGCUUACAAGUUUUUAGAUUGAAAAUUGAAGAAAGAAUUCUUCUUAAGUAUAUUUUGAGAAUUUUAUUGGAGCAGUUCAAGUACAUUUAAAAUAGGGUACUAGUUUAAUUUAGAGAUAUAUUAACAGUAAUUAUUGCAUUUUUGAAAAAAAAUGUUUAGAUAAUGUGCAAGAUUAAUCUGUUAAUGUUAUUGCUGAGCAUCAUGUUUUAUCAUAGUGUAUUCUGUUUAACUAUAAAUGGACAAAACCCAAAUUUGGGACCAACUGAUUAAAAAGAGCAGCUAAAAUAUAUUGAGAGGGGUGUUUCAUUUAAAUCAUUGUAUACAUGUACUUAAAUGGUUUUUGUUUAAAUCAGUUGUGAAACUAGAUAACAGAGAUAUCUGACCCACUGCAAAGAUAUUGAUAACGCCAUGGUAAAUUCUUGAUAAAUUUCAACAGGUCUGCAUUAUCAGUAGAAAUGUAGACAUCCUUUGGUUAGUAGCUUGACAAAUAAACAUACCAAUCAAUAUAUCUGACUGAAUGAGCACACUUGAGGGGUGAUAAGAGGCCACAUUAAUCACAGACACAUUUCAUGAAGUCCGACUGUAAGCAGAUCAAAUAUGGGCUGGCAAGUUCUUAGUUCAUUUCUCAAGCUAUUGACAAAAUAAAUUUUUGUAAUCAUCAGCUGUCAGGUCUUCUUCAGAGGCAAAGUGAUGUUACUGGGGCUGUUUGGUUAAUUAACAACAAUUAUAUAUAUAUAUAUAUAUAUAUAUAUAUAUAUAUUUAUGUCAUUCUUUUAUGAACUUGGCCAAUAUUCAUACAUGUGUCACCUGGCAAAGAAUCCAAGUUUUCUGCAUCUAUUAAGAAGGUUGAAUGAAAGAUGACAUUGAAGUACACAACUGGCUCAAUUGUUUACUAAUUAGGGUUUAUUAAAAAGAAUAAUCAAGCUGUUGUGUUGAAUAAAAGCAAUUUCCUAUAAUUUUA